CCUCAUCACAAUUGUGACAAAGUCCUGGAAAUCCAGACCUCCUUUAUGUCUGUUGAGGCACCACUCGACGCACACUACGAAGAAAACAAUGCAUUGUUGACCUAUAGUAAUAUGAGGCAUCAAUCUCCCCACCACAUUUUCGCGAGCUUUGGUACGGUUGUGCGGCUAUGUAUGUGCGUCCGAUUGAAAGAAGUCCUGCUUCGGGACUCCUGAAUCAUGUCGCUCUCGCUGAUCCCCCUUGGUUCUGCGUGUAUUUAAUCCCAUGCGGCACCAAUAUGCAACAAACUUUUCAAUUCAUCCGACUUUGGAAUCUGACGCGAAAGCUCAAAAAACAUCAAUCACAUCUCCAAAAAUGUCCGCCGCUUCUGGAGCUACUCCACCUGGAGCUUCCGCCUCCAACGUCUCUACCGUCGCAGUGGCUGGUAGCUUUCUGAGCUCAACACAGAUACGAGACGGCGCGAAUCAACCAAGCUCCUACAGCAUCAACCGAUAUGUCUACGAUACGCAAGCACGUCCUGUCACCGAUCGGUUGGCCCAAUACAUGGCAGUUUAUUCACAGAAUAAUCCGCCUCAAGGCAGAUAGAUGAUGGGAAGAAAGCUCAUGAUGAAGCACUGAUAGCUGGAUAAAAAAAGGUUGGCAUUUCUUCGUUUAUCCUGUUGAAUGUGGCUAAGUUUUCAUUCCCAGCUUCAAUGAUUCCUAUUUGUUUAUAUACCCCAUUGUCAUUCGAAAUUCCUUUCAAUCGCCUCAUCUCAGCGGAGUUGGAGUUCUCAAAGUUCAUUUAGUCAUCUUUCAUGUUGCGGCCGGGCCAUCUUGAGUCUUGUCUUCUUUGGCUGUCUAAGGGUCGUUGAUGAAAACUGUCUUGUCAUUGGUACAAUGUCAUUGUUUGGAGUUAAUGAGUCUAAAACCCUGUUUGUACUAUCUUAGUUAUACCCCAAGACUACAUCCUCACUCAACAUCAUCCCAAUUUUCCUAUGC